GAAAAGAACACUCAGACUGAGUUAGUUGAGCGCAUAAAGCAGACAACUUGGACGCGCUCACUUGAAUCAUUAUAAGUUUAGUGUUUCGAUGACAAUGAUAUCAUCAAUAGGUGUUUGGUUGUUGGGUUGCGUCUUGGUGAAGCAACUGACGUUAGCUGAAGAAUUGGUGGCAGUUACAGUGUUAUUCAGGCAUGGAGAGCGAGCAAUCAUCAGUUCCUACCCUACAGAUCCAUAUAAGAACGAAUCUUUUUGGCCAGUUCCCUAUGGAGAGUUGACGAACGUAGGUAAAAAUCAUCACUAUCGGCUUGGAAAAUGGAUUCGUCAAAGGUACACUCCUUUUUUGAGCACAGAGUAUUUGGCGGAAGAAUUCCACAUAAGGUCAUCCAACUUCGAUAGAUGUCUUAUGUCUGCAGCCUCUAACCUUGCCGGGUUGUUUCCACCAGUGGGCGAUCAAGUAUGGAACCACGAACUCAAUUGGCAACCCAUACCCAUCCACACUAUACCAAACAAAAUGGAUGGGAUGUUAGCCUUACAAAAACCAUGCCCCGAGUACCAAAGACAGCUCGACGAACUACUGAAUACUGACUAUUACCAGAAAAUACACACUGUCAAUAGUAAACUCUACGCUUAUUUGACAGCAAAAACAGGACUUCAGAUAAAGGACUUCAUUGGCGCCAGCGAUCUCUACGAUACCCUACUCGUAGAAGACGAAGCAAACUACACCCUACCAGAAUGGACCCAUUCCGUAUAUCCAGAAAUGUUGAGAGAGCAAGCUAUUAUACGGUUUCAGUAUGACACUCCUAAUAUGGAAGCGGCAAAGUUUGGGGUCGGACAAGUUUUCGAUCGCAUUCUGGAACAGUUUGAAGCCCGAAUAAAUGGUACCAAAGUUCCCAAAUUCUCAGCGUUAUCUGCACACGACACAAAUGUCUUUAGCAUCCUCAAUACUUUGAAGAGACCACAGACCGAAAUGGUACCGUACGCUGGGAUGGUCAUUUUCGAAUUGAAGAGGACUGCGGAUAAUAAAUACUAUGUUAAUUUUUUUUAUAAGAAGUCGGGUGAUGCUGAAUUGUUAACAAUUGAUGGCUGUGAACAGAACUGUGAUUACGAGAAAUUUAAAGCAAUCAUGAAACCGUUAGCUUUGAAUGAAGAAGAGUAUGAUAGGCAAUGCUCGAUCAAACAAUCUUGAAUAUUUUAUAUUGAGAACUUGAUUUCAUGGCAACAAUAAUGUAUUCGUCUUUAUUCUUAAGACAUUGAUAUUUUUAGGCAGUGAAUAUAGCUACUCUCAUUGUUUGGAUUAAAACGAUAUGAGACCUG